CACACAACCAAAAUACAUUCCAUAAUUAAACAAAGUAAAAAGGAGAAAAUUAAAAAAAAUGGUGAAAUCAAAUGUUUAUAUCAUUUCCAUACUUCUCAUGGCCAUAACCAUGGCCUUACUUUCAACUUCUUCCCACGGUUUUUCAAUCGCUGGCCUCAGACUAGGCCAAGGCGAAAUUUACGGAGUCCUGCGGUGUAACAUUAGCGGAGACCCUAACGCCCCUCCAGUUUCCGGAGCCCCCGUUUACUUAAAAUGUGAUGGCUCAAACACUACCAUCGCUGAAGCAGUGACAAAUCCGGACGGUACGUUUAGGAUAAACAGUUUAAUCGAAAGAGGUCAGCUAUGGAGACUGGCUACAGCUUCUGUUCUUCAUGCGAAUCCUUUGCAUCUCAUGAUAAAUUGCUAUUCUUUGAAUUCUAUUGGACCAACUGCUGAGAGUUUAGGUGGUCCAAAGAGAUUUCUCGCCGUUUACUUGACAUCCGCAGACCGCAGUUGCGAAGUUCUAGGUUCAGCAAUGAGCUACUGGUUAAACAAAGCGCCAUCAGUUGGUGCUUCGGGUGCAAUUUUCGGAUUGGUUCUCGGUAGCUGUAUUUGUUAUAAGACACAAACGGAUGGUCAGAGGUGGCAAUGAGGAUCUAAUACAGAUAGCUCAAGUUAUUGCUCUUAACAUGGAAAUCAUCACACUCUGGGAACUCUGUUAUAUGAUAUCCGGUAUUGGAUGAUGAAGCUGCCACUAGCCUCUUUGGAUUAUGUCAACAGGGAGAAGAACUCAGCAGCAGACAAAUUAGCAAAUCAUGCUCGAUCCUUGACAUCUAUGUAUCAUACUUUUUCUGUACCACCUCUUUGGUUGAUUAAAUUCUUGUACUAUCCAUUUACGAUUUAAUAAAGCUAUAUUUAGAUG